CUGCCCUAGGAAAGGCCUUCGUUUUCACUUCUCUGUCUGUUCAGAAUGAAUCAAGAAGGCGUACUGGCUUGUUGCGCCGUUUGCAAUCAGCGUACCGUUAGGAGAUGUUCGCGUUGUCUCAGUAUUUACUAUUGUAACACGGACCAUCAACGCCAAGAUUGGAAAAGACACAAACCCGAGUGCGUGCCAAGAACACCAAAACAAGGUCCGAGAAACGAGAAAAUCGGCGGUGUUUCGACAUCUACGGCAGAAGCAGUGAGAAUAGGGGAGGUGAAAGACGACGCGCCUCACGGCGGGGCUAGCUGUGGGCCGCAGGGCGUUUCGACACCCGACGGAAGUGCAACAAGUGAUACAAGACAUUCGAAAAGUUCAAAGAAAAAAAACGCGACUAAAGAAGGCAGUGUUAGUAAACAAAACGCUGUGGGUACCUCGGGGGUGAACUCUGGCGCCGUGCCUAAGAAUCAGAGCGUGAUAUCUAGUGUUUUGUGUGCUAGCAAGGAUAAAGACAAAGUGAAUAGUGCCAUUACGUACGAAGGGUCGUCAGAGCAGGAGAUUCUAAGUGAAUCGGCGCAGCAACUUAGUGCUGUGGAGUUUUCAACAGCCAGUACAACAGUGAAGACUCCUAAAUCUGAGCCAAACAUGUUGGCGGUGGCCGGUUACUCUGGGGAACAAGCCCCUAUGAAGGAAUACCCUGAAGGGACAGUGAGAAACAGUAGUGCGCCAUUUGGGCAGCCACAGAACAGUUUCUACAUGGACCCCAGUGACCAGUGGUACAGCAUAUGCCAACAAGUGAUUAGGGACAUGACACAGUUUGGAGUGUGUGUUUUGGACAAUUUCCUUGGACAAGAGAGGGGACAUUUAGUGAGAAAUGAAGUGUUAAAAAUGUAUAGAUCAGGUAUAUUUCAAGCAGGUGAACUGGUAGCCAACCCUGGCAGCACGGACGCGCACACGGUCAGAAGCGAUCGGAUCACCUGGAUAGAUGGCAAGGAACCACAUUGCUUCUACAUCAAGCAGCUUAUCAACCAAGUGGACAACAUAAUCCUGAGGGCGAACAAGAUGCCUAACAACGGGAAACUCGGAGACUACACGAUCAACGGCAGGACGAGGGCCAUGGUGGCGUGCUACCCCGGCUCGGGCACGCACUACGUCAAACACGUGGACAACCCCAACAAAGAUGGCCGCUGCAUCACCGCCAUAUACUACCUGAAUCUCAACUGGGACAAAGAGCGCUGCGGCGGCCUGCUCAGGGUGUUUCCCGAAGGUCUGGACGAGGUAGCGAACAUCAAGCCACUGUUCGACCGAAUGGUCUUCUUCUGGUCGGACCGCAGGAAUCCUCACGAAGUCCAACCCGCCUAUGAAACUAGAUACGCCAUCACGCUGUGGUACUUCGACGCCAAAGAGCGCGCUGAAGCUUUAAAACGACAUCGCCAAAAUCGCGAGCCGAAAAUGAGCCAGUGAUAUUCGGACCCGCGCUCGUGCAGAGCGAGCCACGCCUUCCGCCCUCCGGUGGCGCAUUUGAGCCUUCGCUGACCUGACCUAGCGAGAGAAGACUUACCUAAACCUACGAUACCUACGUGCAGGGACUUUUUUUUUAAAUAAUUGUGGCCUGGAUGCUAGGGACUUUUGUAUUCUAAAGGCGUUUUUCAUAAACCCUUGUCAAGUGUAACUAACCCUCGAUAAUCUAUCAUUUUGACAUUUUUAGGAAGAGACAGAAAAGGUUGCUAAGUUUUAUGAAUAAGGGGGUAAAUUACGAAUUCAUUGUACAGUUGUACCAGCGAUAAUAAGUUACACAACGAAGGCCGCAAAAAUAUCUGACACAAUAUUGUUUGUAGAGCCAUAAGAGUGUGACACAUAUUUUUGCGGUCUUCGAAGAGGCACAUAUUAUUGCAGGUGACUGUACUGACAAGUUAUUAUUUUUCAGUGGUAUUUUUUACCACAUUUAGGAUUUUGUUGUGUUCAAGGCGUGUUACAUUUCAUAGUUUUUUACUGUGAUCCCCGUAAAGUAUUAAUUAUUAUUGAUAUGGCU